AGAAUUCCAGUAUCAAUGGCAAGGAGUUUGAGUUCUGCAGACUUUGAUUUAAUCCAGCAAAGCAAUUAUUUCUGGUACUGGCAAUGGAUGAAGACUGAGUUACAACUUGACCACUCUGGUACCUAUUAUCAACAGCACCAAACCUGCUAUUUGCAGUCAGAUUUUGAACCUUAUUUUGAAUAUAAUUAUAACUGUGUAUUUUAUGGGAAUAUUCAAGAUGUCUCCUCUGCAAAGGAGAACACGAAAGAUCUAGCUGAAAUUCCAGUCAUGUCAGAGGAUUGGACUACAAAUAAUGAUGAAGAGCAAACUGAAGAUCCACAGAUUCACUUAGAUAUUGAGAACCUGAACAAGGAGUUUAUGGUGGAAAGUGAAGAGCUUUAUGAUUCCCUAAUGAAUUGUCAUUGGCAGCCUCUGGACACGGUUGCUUCUUGGAUCCCAAAUAAUACCCAGGAGUAAUUUUGCGAAUACAAAAAAAUUCCCAAUAAGGUGCUAUCCAAUGUCUAUAUUUGGUACUUUUUAGUGUGGGUCAGAAGUCACAUUUUGUUUUAUUCCACAGACAUUUGUUUGAACAUAAUUUUUGGAUGACUGGAGAACAGUAAGAUAAUGAAGAAUUAACCUUCAAGAAAAUAAAGAUACUUAACCAGUAAAUGCAUUUUACUCAUCAUUUAAGAUACUGGGUGGUAUACCUGAGGCAACAUUUAAAGUGUGCUUUUCUUUUCCUUUCCAUGAAAGCAAGAAUACAGCUUUACUUCUUAAAAGACUGACUGGUUUCAGUUUAGAAAUGGAGAAGCCUGGAGCCCAUUUCUGGGUGACAUCUAAAAAUUCUCUAUUGUGCCCUUGAGGGUAUGUGACUAUUCAGUGGAGGCUUUAGGUUUUGUUUUUUUUUUGUUGUUGUUGUUUUUUUCAUUUGAAUAAAUUUAGUCAAUU